AGGCUUCCGCCCGUGCUCAAGAUGGCGUCCAGGCGUCCUUCUUAACUUCCACCUGUCUUGGUGGCGUCUGACGUCGCAGCUGGUAGUGGGUGGAGCUUUUAACAAACCGCAAAUGUAGGGUCCUCUGAGCGGGAGUCAGACAUGGACUGGAAAGACGUGCUUCGCCGGCGGUUAGCGUCGCCCAAGACGGAUCCAAAGAGGAAAAAAAGCGAACAAGAAUUAAAAGAUGAAGAAAUGGAUUUAUUUACCAAAUACUAUUCAGAAUGGAAAGGAGGUAGAAAAAACACAAACGAAUUCUGUAAGACUAUUCCCCGGUUUUAUUACAGGUUGCCAGCUGAAGAUGAAGUAUUACUACAGAAAUUACGAGAGGAAUCUAGAGCUGUCUUUCUACAGAGGAAAAGCAGAGAACUCUUAGAUAAUGAAGAAUUACAGAACUUAUGGUUUUUGCUGGAUAAACACCAGAUACCACCUAUGAUUGGAGAGGAAGCAAUGAUCAAUUAUGAAAAUUUUUUGAAGGUUGGUGAAAAGGCUGGACCAAAGUGCAAGCAAUUUUUUACUGCAAAAGUCUUUGCCAAACUCCUUCAUACAGAUUCAUAUGGAAGAAUUUCCAUCAUGCAGUUCUUUAACUACGUCAUGCGAAAAGUUUGGCUACAUCAGACAAGAAUAGGACUCAGUUUAUAUGAUGUUGCUGGGCAAGGAUACCUUCGGGAAUCAGAUUUAGAGAACUACAUUCUGGAACUCAUCCCUACUUUGCCACAGCUAGAUGGGUUGGAAAAGUCCUUUUACUCCUUUUAUGUUUGUACGGCAGUUAGGAAGUUCUUCUUCUUUUUGGAUCCUCUUAGAACAGGGAAGAUCAAAAUUCAAGAUAUUUUAGCAUGCAGCUUCCUAGAUGAUUUACUGGAGCUAAGAGAUGAGGAAUUGUCCAAAGAAAGUCAAGAAACAAAUUGGUUUUCUGCUCCCUCUGCCCUGAGGGUCUAUGGUCAGUAUUUGAAUCUUGAUAAAGAUCAUAACGGCAUGCUGAGUAAAGAAGAACUCUCCCGGUACGGGACAGCCACCAUGACCAGCGUCUUCUUAGACCGUGUGUUCCAGGAGUGUCUCACUUACGAUGGAGAAAUGGACUAUAAGACCUACCUGGACUUUGUUCUUGCCUUAGAAAACAGGAAGGAGCCUGCAGCUCUGCAGUAUAUUUUCAAACUGCUGGACAUUGAGAACAAGGGAUACCUGAAUGUCUUUUCCCUUAAUUAUUUCUUUAGGGCCAUACAAGAACUGAUGAAAAUCCAUGGGCAGGAUCCUGUCUCAUUUCAAGAUGUCAAGGAUGAAAUCUUUGACAUGGUCAAACCAAAGGAUCCUUUGAAAAUCUCACUUCAGGAUUUAAUCAACAGUAAUCAAGGAGACACAGUCACUACCAUUCUAAUUGAUCUCAAUGGCUUCUGGACUUACGAGAACAGAGAAGCCCUUGUUGCAAAUGACAAUGAGAACUCUGCAGAUCUUGAUGAUACCUGAUCUCUGCAAGAACAGACUUCCUUCAUAAAGAUGCCUGAAUGCUGCAUGCAAAACCUCUGAAGCAGAAUCCUUAGACACAUUAUAAAUAAAACUCCUCACAUGCCUGUACAGCACUGCAA